AUGAAGAAAGUGCUCGAGUGUGCCAGGUGGAGGGGGCGCGGGGGAGGGGGCGGAGGGCAGGGCCAGGCUCGGUGCGCCCCCAUUCAGAGGAAAAUUGAUACAAGUGUUGACCCUAACAGCCUGGAAGCGAACAGUAUUGAAGGGUCCUCCUCUUCCUCCUCCUCCUCUUCGUCUUCUACUCAGGACGAUUGGUUGACUGGCGCCUUGAAAUUCUUUGGAUACGAAAAUUUUGGUCAGUUUGUGAAAGAAAUUGACAUCUUUACUCUGCCCACCAGAAUACAGAAAGCUAUGAAGACGUACCGGGACGAGCUAUCAAUGGGACAAUGCUACAUGGAAUUCACUACCUACACCUUAUUUAGCAAACCUGACAACUUCUUCACUAACUUCAUGAGGAAUAAGAGAAGUUUACCAGAGGAAGAGGAAUUGUGGGAAGCCAGGGUUAUUGGAGGCAGUGGUGGUGGUGGUGGUGAUGGUGGUGGUGGGUCUGCAUUUGAGCGGCUGGCCCAGGGGUUCAUCAGCAUGCUGGACUCCUCCCCCACUACCAGACAGUACGCCAGCCUCCUGAAGCAAGUGUUGCCCGUGGUGGUGCAGAUGACGGCAGCUCAGGACUCAGGGUCAGCUGUCACCACAUUUGUCAAACACGCUCUUGGCUCCUAUCUUAGUGACAUUCAGUCGCCGACAAAGACAACGAAUGGAAUCGAGAAAAUUGACAAACCGACAGAUAAAUGGCCCUCCUCUUCUUCCUCUUCUUCCUCCUCUUCUCCCCCCUCCUCCUCCUCCUCCUCCUCUUCCUCUUCUCCUCUUUCUGAUAUAAUUCUUGGGGGUUUUAAAUAUUACAUGUCAAAUUAUUUGUCUUCGCUACCAGCCCCCCCGCCCCCGAAGACUCGCCCCCCCACCCCGAAGCCGGAAGAGAAGGAGGAAAGCAAAAAUUUUAUUGAAAUGAUUUUGGAAUUUAUUCGUCCAGUAUUUAUCAGCAUUAUUGGGAAGUCCCCGGGAGAGAGUGGAGUGGAGAGCAUAAGGGAGGUGACAAGGCUAAGCAGACUAGGCAGAGUGGACGACAUCUUGGCCGAGGAGGUGCUCUCUCCCUACUUCUGCCUCAAAAACUACAUGGUUAACAAGAUCUGGACGCUAACUGAGAGGGGGUGAGGUCAGUGGUGGGGAGAUUUGACCCCUCUGAGCAGGCGAGGAUGAUGGUGAUGUGGGGGUGAGAGAGAGAGAGACUGGGAGGUGAAGGAGUGUGAGAAAAUGGUGAAAAUUUUUUGUUUUGUGUGUUUUGGUGUGUUUUUGAGUGCUGAGGGAGAGAGAGAGAGAGAGAGAGAGAGAGAGAGAGAGAGAGAGAGAGAGAGAGAGAGAGAGAGAGAGAGAGAAAUUGUGCCUGUGAGUGUUCUGGCGUUUUUGAGUGCAAGGUAAGAGAGAGAGAGAGAGAGAGAGAGAGAGAGAGAGAGAGAGAGAGAGAGAGAGAGAGAGAGAGAGAGAGAGAGAGAGAGUUACCUAGUAUUUUCCCAAGAGCUCAAUGAUGUUAGAUUAGAUUAUUAUUAUUAUUAUUAUUAUUAUUAUUAUUAUUAUUAUUAUUAUUAUUAUUACUAGUAUUAUUAGUAUUACUUUUCCUGUUGUUGUUAUUGCUGUUGUUGUUGUUGUUUUUUUUUGUAAUAUUUAAGUCAGUUUUAAUUUUCUCCUUCUCUAUUUAUUUAUUUAUUUAUUUGUCUAUUUAUUUGUCUGUCUCUUUCCUUCCUUUUAUUUGUAUUAUUCUUUUUCGUCUUCCUCCUCAUCCUUUUCUUCUUCCUCUUCCUCCUCUUCUUAUUCUCUUCCUUUUCUUCCUCCUCCUCCUCCUCCUUUUCUUCUUCCUCUUCCUCCUCUUCUUAUUCUCUUCCUUUUCUUCCUCCUCCUCCUCCUACUCCACCUUCUUUUCUUCGUCUUCCUCCUCCUCCUCUUCUUAUUCUCUUCCUUUUCUUCCUCCUCCUUCUUUUCCUCCUACUCCUCCUCCUCUUCCAUCUCUCCUUCUAUAUAUUAUUUAAUUUUCUUCCCUUUUAUCAUAACUAACUCUUCCUUCCUCCUCCUCCUCCUCCUCCUCCUUCUUCCUCCUCCUCUUCCUCCUCUUCCUGUUCCUCCUUCUUCAAUUUCAAAGGAAGAUAUAAUAUAGAAAUUAAAUAAAUCAUAGAAUUGAGAGAGAGAGAGAGAGAGAGAGAGAGAGAGAGAGAGAGAGAGAGAGAGAGAGAGAGAGAGAGAGAGAGAGAAAUUGUUCAUAUCAAAUUGUUGUUGUUAUUAUUAUUAUUAUUAUUAUUAUCUUCCUAUCUCUAUCUUUAAUUGUUCUAUUUUGUAAGAUUAAAGAAAGUUAGCAAAUAAAUCUAUCUCUGUUUUGUAGUGAAAGUAAAGAAA